AUGGCUGAGGAAGAGGAGGGUCAAUUCACAUCCUUCAAGUUUACUGUCAAAGCAAAUACUACACAGGAACUUAAGUACGAACAAGAGGGUGACGAUUGUCUCCUUACAAGUGUUAAAUUGCUCAAUUGCAAAGAUAAUAAACCUGUAAAGGUAUUCUUGAAGAUUAAGGAUUUCAAAGAUGAAGCUCCUGCUGAAGAUGCUAAGCUACAAACAAGGAAGGACGAACUUAUUACUUUGACAAAAGUUAAUGAAGAAAAAGAAGUUGAACAAUACCUUCCAUAUUGCAUGUCUCCAUUUGUAAUUGUCGAAGGUAAUGGCGAUGUCGAAAUUUCAGGUGUCUUUGCCGACAAGGGAAUGAUCCAAAUGGACGAUUAUGAAGAAGAAGAGUACGAAAUAGAGGAGGAAGAUGCAGAGUGA